UGAGGUUUGUCUCAUUUGGUAGGAUCUUCUGGUUCCCUCGGUUCACUUCAUUUGCAUUUAGCACCUCAAAAGCUCUCGCACGUAGGCUAUGGAGACCAUUGAGGUAUGUGAUACUCCAAAGAAAUCAGACUCGACAAAAAGUCUGCCAAAGUCUACUUCACCAAGCAUGUGAGAAGACAAGCGUAGCCGUCAGAGGAAGACCGUGUGUUGAUGUUCUUCAAAGCCAUCAACUGGUUCUUUUUCUGCUGAAAGAUCUCUUGUAUCUCUAAAGCUAUUGCCCUUCUUUUUUUUUUUUUUGGUGGGGGGGGGGGUUUGCUUCGCCCACUCAGCCCAAAGGGCACAGAGGAAGCAAUCAAUGGAUGUGGAAGAACAGAAUCAGCAUUUGGAGUCACCCCUGUUAGCAGUUUCCCAGGAGAAGAAGGCGUCCGAACCGAGGAAUGGAUUCGAGAAAGAAGAGAUUUUCUCGGAAAUGAAGCAGCAACUGUCGUUGGCAGGGCCACUGGUAUCGUUGAACCUGAUGAUAUAUUGUUUGCAGGUGAUCUCGGUGAUGUUUGUGGGUCAUCUUGGAGAGCUGGCGCUUUCCGGUGCUUCCAUGGCCACCUCCUUCGCUUCCGUAACUGGCUUUAGCUUGUUGAUAGGAAUGGCAAGUGCAUUGGAUACAUUUUGUGGUCAGUCUUAUGGAUCUAAACAAUACCACAUGCUCGGUAUCCACAAGCAGAGGGCCAUGAUCGUUCUCCUAAUAGCUAGCAUUCCGCUCGCUAUCAUAUGGGCUAACACGGGCCAAAUCCUUCUCUUUUUCAAGCAAGAUCCUCAAAUAUCGGCGGAGGCAGGAUCCUAUGCUCUGUUCAUGAUCCCUAGCAUUUUUGCGUAUGCGCUUCUGCAGUGCCACGUCAGGUUUCUGCAGACACAGAACAAUGUCAUUCCGCUGAUGGUCAUUUCAGGAGUCACUGCAUUGCUGCACAUUUUCAUAUGUUGGUUCCUGGUGUUCAACUCUGGACUUGGAAACAAAGGUGCUGCUUUGGCGAAUUCCAUUUCCUAUUGGAUAAAUGUUUUGUUGAUGGCGAUUUAUGUUAGAAUUUCACCGUCCUGUAAGAGAACCUGGACUGGUUUCUCCAAGGAGGCCGUGCAUGGGAUCUUUGCAUUUCUGAAAUUAGCAAUUCCUUCGGCUGUCAUGCUCUGCUUCGAGAUGUGGUCAUUCGAAAUGAUGGUCUUAUUAUCAGGACUUCUUCCCAACCCAAAACUUGAGAUGUCGGUCCUCUCAAUCAGGUAGAUCAGUCCUUUGUAUGCAAACAAGAAGCGAACAAAAAGGCUAACCUCUUAGCACCAGUUGCUAACAUUUCCAAACAAUAUAAACUAUCUUGUUCUUUUUCAGCCUGAACACCUGUAGCUUGGUUUACAUGAUACCUCUAGGGCUCAGUGGUUCAAUAAGGUAAGGCUAACUGGUUAAGCUCUAUUUACUUAAGUGGAUCUUGCAAAAGAAGCAGCUAUUCCAGUCUCACACUUUCUUCGCGUUACUUUUGGCAGCACAAGAGUUUCAAAUGAAUUGGGUGCUGGAAGACCCCGAGCAGCUCGUUUGGCAAUUUAUGUUUCCUUAAUGAUGGUCGCCACAGAAGGCUUGUUUGCAGGUACUCUCAUGAUCUUUGGCCGAAGGGCGUGGGGCUACCUCUAUAGCACAGAAGAAGAAGUCGUGAGAUACGUGGGAGAUAUGUUGGUACUACUCGCAACUUCCCACUUUUUCGAGGGCAUUCAGUCCGUGCUUUCAGGUACGCGACUUUGCCUAUUAUGGCAGUUCAAUGGUGCUCCUGACAUAGUUCUAACUUUGACUCCUUAUCCUGAUAAGUAGCAAGGGAAGAUGGAGAAUAUAUCAAAUCACAAAUAUUUCAAAGUCAAAACCAAUUUGUAUAUCGACCAUUUUGAUGCUGUAAGUUACAAUUUUUCAGGCAUUGCAAGAGGAUGUGGAUGGCAAAAGAUUGGAGCUUUCAUCAAUUUGGGUGCCUACUAUUUGUUGGGUAUUCCGGUUGCCACAUUCCUAGGUUUUUUCUGUCACUUUGGCGGAAAGGUGAUUCCUGGUUACCCUACCAUUCUACCGUCAUCCUUUACUUUCACUGUAAAUAGUAGUCUUCUCCGAUAUUCAUAUAAUCGCUUAGUCUUCUAAUCGAG